AUGACUCAGGGAUUCUGGAAAGUCUACAAGGCAAAAGUACUGCAAGCCCUUGGUGGAGAGUUGCAGGAAGAGGAUCUCCAAGAUGAGAGAGAGAAUCCUGAACUGGUGGAAACGACAGACUCCAUACUGCUGACAGAGGAGGGAUUGAACCCUGUUUCUCAGUUGGCUCGGCGGGUCCAGGGAGCUGGAGUCAAAAGCUGGAGGACUGUGUCAUCUUUGUUCAGUCGGGAGGAUGAAGAUCAGCUGCUGGCUCCUGAACCUUGUGCAGACCACCCUUUAGCUGCAAAACCAGCAGGAGAAUCACCUUCCGAGAAGAAGACCUCUGGCCUUUGGGAUGUCUUUGCCACUAAGUGGCAGCAAACUUCAGCUCUGGAAAAAAUGGCUGCCAAGGUGGAUCCCAGGGAAGAAAUAGCUGAGGGCAGUGGGAUGUCUGGGGAGAUGGCAGCUGAGGAAGCCAGUGACCUUGGCCACGACAAUGAUCUCCGAGAGGCUGAAGGUGUAGCCUUCAAAUGGAGCUUCCUAACCAGCAAAUUCACUGAGUUGAAGAACAAGAAUAUUCCCAAAAGUAACUAGGACAGACACAGAAAUGGAGGACUUCGAGUGAGUGACCCUUUCCUGGUAAUAAAAUAUUAAUUUUAUUAUUUUCCAACAACUUUCUGGAAAAAGUGCUAGGCUCACUAUGAAAGAUGCAGUUCCAGAUUUGGGUGUUGUUAAUGAUCGUAACUUUAUGAAGCCUUCCCACAGUGUGUGUCUCCAAUGCCUCCGUUCCAUUCCUCUCCUUUUUUCCUUAUAAGACAGUUCCUAAAAUAAUUGUAAUCCUAAUGAACACUUUGGAAAAUCUUCCUUGCCAGAGACUGUUGCCUGUCAAAAAAUGAGAACCU